UGAUGUCCCAAACCACAGGCUGGCAGCCUUGCCCAUGGUUUGCUGCCUUCCUCGAGGCUCCACAAACACUUUCAUAACUGUUCUGAGGGGAGGAAUUUCUGCUCUGCGUUCCAAGGCACCGAGGCAAAAUUGUUCUGUGCUGCCGUGGAUGUGAAGUCCUCGCCGCGCUGCCUCUGCCUCUUCUCCCCCAGAAACUCCAAGGGCCCUGAAUUUGCAGCCCCAAAAUAAAAAAGAAAUCCAUCCGGAUGGAAGAUGGACCAGGGGGUGAAUAGCAGGAGGGAAGAAAGAGUGAAGUUGGUGAUUUUUCUGGCACAUGGAUGCAAUUACACUCAGUGCAUUCCAGAGGCGUUCCUUUGAAUCCUGUGCAGGUCUGCCUGCCGUCCUUGGGAGAGAGGAAGAAAAAGGAAAAGGGAGGAAAAGUCCCUCUUGCUGGGAGACGGAAUGUCUGCAUUUUCAAUCCUCUUCCUAGCUUCCUGCUCUGUUUGGCUCUGCGAGGCUCAGACUGAGUUCAAGAGGGUGGCAGAAGAAAACGUGACCCUGCCGUGCCACCACCGCCUGGGGCUGCUGGAGCAGGGCAGCCUGGACAUCGAGUGGCUGCUGCACAUCUCCGAGACCGUGCAGAAAGCGGUGAUCACCUACUCCGGGGGCCGUGUUUAUGAUGACCUGAACGAGGAGCAGAAGGGCCGUGUCUCCUUCACCUCCAACUUCCUUGCUGGAGAUGCAUCCCUGCAGAUCAUCUCCCUGCAGUCCAGCGACGCAGGGAAAUACAUCUGCAAGGUCAAGAACGCUGGCCAGUACGAGUGGGCUCGCAUCACCCUCAAGGUCGUGGAGAAACCCUCCAAGCCCAAGUGCUGGCUGGAGGGGGAGCUGCUGGAAGGGAAGGAGCUGUCCCUGCAGUGCCGCUCCGCCUCGGGCACGGCCCCCAUCUCCUACCGCUGGCAGCGCCUCAGCGAGGAGGACGAGAGAGCCGAGCAGCUGCCGCCCAACUCCAGAGUCAACAUCUCGAACCCGGGGCAGGUCCUGCUGAAGAACCUGACUCAGAUGAGCACGGGUUUGUACCAGUGCGUGGCCACCAACGAGGCGGGGCAGGAGAGCUGCGCGCUGCAGGUGACGGUGCAGCAUGCACAAAACAUCAGCAUGAUCGCCGGGGCAGUGUGCGGAGUGGUGCUGGGGCUCUCCCUCCUCUUCCUCGUGGUGAGGCUGACCAUCAGGAGGAAAGAGAAGAAGAGGUACGAGGAAGAGGAGGCACCCAACGAAAUCAGGGAGGAUGCCGAGGCACCCAAGGCGCACCUGGUCAAACCCAGCUCCUCCUCCUCGGGCUCGCGGAGCUCCCGCUCGGGUUCCUCCUCCACCAGGUCCACAGCCAACAGUGCCUCCCGCAGCCAGCGGACUUUGUCCACCGAGGCCACCCCGCACCUGACCCCUCCCCAGUACAGCCAGCGCCAGCUGGACAGGAAAGAAGAGCCCAAAAAAGUCGAUUCCAACCCGCUGGCGAAGGUGGCGGUGCCCGCCGUGAUGGUGCCCGCACAGAGCCGCGCCUUCCAGACCGUGUGACAUCCCCGGAGCCCCGCGUCCCCUGUCCCCAGCGCCACUGUCACAGCACCGGCCACUUCGCAGCGCCAGGGCAGCCAGCUCUCCUCGUGGGCAGCCCCUU